AUGUCGUACUACAACGAGGCGACCUUCUACGAGCAGGACUUCGCCGAGCGGCUCUGCGCCUCUGGGGCCAUGUGCCCCCAGCCUUUGUUGGUGGACCGCGCGCCCAGCGGGGAGCUCACUAUUUGCAUGACCAUGCUGCCUGGUCGCAGCUUUUCGCGCAGCCCUGAGCAGACGCGCCAAGCGCUGCAGUGGCUGGCGCGACUGCAUGCGCUCUUCUGGGGCAAGCGAGCAGAUGAGGCCGUGAGGCAGGGGGCUGCCGAGCGCGCCUGCUUCUGGGACCUCACCCGUCGGCACAUCGAGCUGAAACGCAUGCCCCAGGAUGCGCUGAGAUACGCCGCACACGGCAUUGAUGCGCGCCUGCAGGCGGACAAGAUGCAGACCAUGUGCCACGGCGACCCGAAGGGCGCCAACAUCAUGCACGAUGAGGAGGCGGGCAUUGCCUUCUACGACUUCCAGUGGUUUGGCAAGGCGCCACCCGCCAAGGACUUGGCCUACUUCUUCGGUGUGGCCGCAGGAGGUUUGUCCUCCGAGGACAAGGAGAGGGAGCUGCUGCGGGCCUAUCACGCGGAGUUGACCCCGCUGCUGGAGGCGCAAUCAGAGGCAGUUCCGGAGUUCGAAGACCUUUGGAACUCCUACCACCUUGCCCUUUGCGAUUUGGGCAGAUGGAUGGUGGGUGGCUUCAGCUUCGGCAACACGCGCCUCAUCUUUGGCCACGUCAAAGCGUUGAUGACAUCUUUGGAGGGCGUUGAACAGUGUGAGGAAAAGUACAAGGAGAAGAUCUUCGAGCUUUUUCCACCUUGA